AUGUCCUGGCGUAAGCUUCUACUGAUACUAGAAGAAGAAGUCUGUGGUAAUUCUGUCCACAUGAAUGAGCAGAUAAGCCAGUUGGUGCAAUCAUUCAUCAAAUACUUGAAGGAACCAAGAUACCAGUCGCCGCUUACUUUACCAGAACUAGCGCUGUUAUUUUCUAAUUUCUAUAAGGACUUGAAUUCAUUGGUUAUAAACUUAUAUACACAGUCAAACAGCGUAAAGAAACAACUUAUAUCAAGUUCGGAGUAUUUUAGGACCCACGCCGAUGAUUUUGACUAUUUAUUAGCAAUCGCUAAUUACUCUACGUCAUCAGUGAAGUUAUUAAAGAGAACGGAUCUGGAUGCUGUUUUGCAGUUGAGAGUAUUUAAUUAUUAUAAAUUUAUCACGAUAGUGGAAGCGAUCGAGAAGGCACAAGCAGAGCUAUUUAAUUCAAAUAAUACACUAGAUGAAGGCAUCUCGUUACUUGAAAAGAUAUUUAAAUUUGAUCAACGUGAUAUCAUACUUCAGGAAUUUCUUAAUGAAAAAUUGGAUGCCUUGAAGAAGUUAAAGUUACCAUUUUCCUGCUUUAUCGAGAAUGAUACAACUAAUAAAUUGACUGCAUUUUUUUCAUCAAUUUCCGAGGCUGGUAAUGAAAACAGUACGUUGGAGAAAAUCAAACAAACAUUUGUUGUAUUAAUUGAAAGCAUUACUCCAUAUUCGAAACUAAAAGCAGUGGUAGAAAUUCAAAAGUCUUUAAUCAUACUAUUAUCAGAAGCAUAUGAUAGUGACCCCAGCAACGUUAAUAAUGAUGAUAUAAUUCCCUCGUUGAUUUACAUAAUCAUAUAUCAUGUACCUUUCAAUUCGAGUGAUUUAUAUUUGAAUUUCACUUUCAUAAAAAAUUUUGUUAAUCUUAUUGAUCCAUAUAACGUUGACAUAAAUUCAUUUACAUUGAAUUCUUUCCCAGCGUCAUAUACACCUACUGAUAGGUUGAACAGAUCGUUGAAUGGUAAGAAAACGUUCAAGAAAAAUAACUUAUUUGAAUAUUUAAAUUUAAAAGAAGAAGACGACACGGAACUAGAAACGUCUAGCAAUAUUGACUUUUUCAAAAAUGACAAGGAUUUAGUUCAUUAUAUUCAAGCGAAAUAUUUAAAUAACGGAGAACUUAAAUUUUAUUUAACUAAUUUUGAAGCCGUUUUAUUCUUUUUACUGAGUGUCACAAUUCAAGAAUUGGUUCCAGAAGGAACAACAGAAAAUCAACUAUUAAAAUGCUCCCUACAUAAAUUAGUAGAUCAGGAAUUAUUAAGUCAUUUCAAAUUCCCAGAUGGUAAGGCGAUAGAUGAAUUUAAAAACCAAGAAGAUAUUUCGCCACAGGUAUCUUCUAGAUCUCGUUCUAGCUCACUAUUAAACACAAUUAGCCAUAAAUUAAACGAUGUUGCAUUAUCAGUUAAUAGAUCAAGGUCCAAUUCGUCCAUAAUGAACAGCUUGAAAUCUUCAUCAUUAUCAUUGAAUAAGGAAAGUUUUCCUUCAUUUGCAGGCAAUCAUGAAACCGAAACAACGCAUACUUCUCCCACAAAUUCUAAUGAAAGUAAUACUGUCGAUACCAAUCAUAUACCUUCGCUGAUGAUGAAGAAUAUUCUAGGUAGAUUCAGUCUGGUUCUGGUUCCACAGUUCAGGCCAAGCAUAGAAGAGCAAAUAACAACAACUGAAGCGGAUAAUACUGAUACUAAGACUGAGGAAAGAGAUAAAAGAUCAAGCUCGUUAAUGAGCAAAAUGUCACUGGAUCACUUGAGAACCAGAUCAUCAUCAAUUGAGAAGCUAGAUCAAGAUCAAAAUGGAAUCAGAGAGCAUCAGAAAAAGAGUUCUAUCACUUCCAAGCUUACCAAUGGCGUAUCUGAUUUUAUGACCAAAUUCAAUAGUACUACAAAUGGUUCCAAUGGCACAAUUUCUACGUUGCAUGCAAAUCCAACUAAGAAUGCUUCUAAUUUAUCAAUACAUUCGUUUGUUGAGGGUCUGAAUAAUUACACAGAUAGCAAUAUUACUAUAAAUGAAGAUUUAAGUACACCCAAUGGUAGUUCUGCAACAAUUCAAAGAAGACCAGAUUAUAGAAAUCGAACAACCAGCUUACAGGUAAUGGAUAAGUGGUUUAAUAAUAUAUCAGCGAACAACAAUAGUAACCCUGAAAGCCAAGAGAAUACCGUAGGUUCGACAACUGGUGAUAAUUUAGAAGAAGAGAGUGUAACCCAAAUAAAGAAUUUAACGAAGUAUACGAAUAAAGAUUUUGAAUCUCUUACUAUGAAAGAUUUGAAGGACUUGAAGGCUUGUUAUGACAUAUUAUGUAAUGACCUUGUUUCAAAGUCUAACAUUAAGUCUGACAAGACUGACAAAGAUGAACCGAUUGAUACCACAGACAGAAUUAGCUCCUCUGAAACAAGCAUUUAA